UCACUUUGGUAGGAUUUCACUGAAUGGGCCUGACCGACACAAGCCUCCCAUGUAGCUAAUACCAUAACACUCAACUUCUUUUUUUGUUUUUAUCGUAAUAAGAAUCCGACGCUAUAAUUUCCCUACUUCUUCUAUUUCUUCUUCCAUUUUUUUCUGUUUUGUUGUUUUUUUUGUUGUUUUUUUUGUUUGUUUUUUUUUGUUUGUUUUUUUUACCGUGUAUGGAUUAUCUGACACCAAAAGGAAAUAAAAUGCCUGUCAAUUUUGAGACAUGUUGUCUGCGGACUCUACUGUUUGUGGAAACGCACAUGAGCCUUCAGAGACGCUGAAGGGAAGAUCCCCAUAAUCCUAACGCAAUGAGCGGGUUGAGUCUUCAUCUCAGCGACACCGGAGUGGACAGGUGAGGAUCUGGGAUGAAGAGAGACGCUCAGAUCCGAGGAGGAACCCGUCAGAUUGUUUCAUCGGAUCCCGGAGAUGUUCAGAUGGUAGGGAAUACAUGGCAUCAUGGGUGUGAAAAAAACGUAAGUUAAUAGUGAAUAAGAUUAUUCACUACCUUGGACAACCUGGAAGGACAAUGCAACAUACUCCUCCAAAUGGUUGGGACUCCAACCAUCCAUGUGUGCCCAUAAUAAAGAACAGACAGACUUUACCGACGCUCCCCCUUUGUAACUUCCUGUUAUGGGUUCUGUUAGGGGUCCUCACCUUCCCCUGCUGCGUUCACUGUCUAAUCUUCAAAGUGGGGAUUUUGGGGCCUUGGAACUGCGACCCUGUUUACUACAGGGCCCUUCCCACCGCAGCUGCCAGGCUCGCUGUGAGCAGGAUCAACGGAGACCCCGGUCUGGAUCUAGGUCUAACAAUGGACUUCAUUGUCCUGCAGGAGCCUUGCGAAACCUCAAAAGCCCUCACGGCUUAUAUUUACUACGAUUCUUCAGCGAACGCGUUUGUUGGCCCCACCAACCCGGGAUACUGCGUCGCCGCGUCCCUGCUGGCCAAGAACUGGGACAAGGCGCUGUUCUCCUUCAGCUGCAUCACCUACGAGCUGGAGCGCAUGUCUGGAUACCCAACUUUUGCACGGACAGUCCCGUUUCCCGUGGACGUGUUGUUCACCGUAUUUAAACACUUCAGGUGGGCCAGCUCGGCGGUGGUCUCUUCCAAUGAAGACAUCUGGUUAGACACCGCUGGGAGAGUGGCUACUGGCUUAAGGAGGAAGGGGCUUCCAGUGGGUCUGGUCACAGCCAUGGGUCUGAACGAUACGGAGGUAGAGAGCACGUUGAGAAAGAUCCAAAACGCAGGAGAAAUAAGGGUGAUCAUAAUGUGCAUGCACUCGAUCCUGGUUGGUGGAGAAUACCAGGCCAUUUUUCUCACAAUCGCACACAAGAUGGGUAUGACUUCAGGAAACUACGUGUUUGUGCCCUACGAUACUCUCCACUACAGCGUUCCCUACAACAACGUCUCCCACCUCGCUCUCCAAAACAACAGCCUUCUGAGGAAGGCCUACGACGCCGUCCUCACCAUCACUGUGGCCUCCGAGCUGCUGUCCUUCAACGAGGCGUUCACUGCAGCCAAGAGGAGCCAGGAGAUGACACUGCCAGUGGAGGCGGAGCAGGUUAAUCCUCUGUUUGGAACCAUCUACAACAGCAUAUAUCUGCUGGCCAGGUCCAUUCAUAAUGCCAGGAAAGCUGGCAUGCUUCUAUCAGGCUCAAAUCUGGCCUACUUCUCCAAGAACACAAGCUUCAAUGGCUUCAACCAGAAGGUGCUGGUGGAUACAAGUGGGGAGGUUAAGACCAACUAUGUUAUUUUGGACUCUGACAGCAGAAGCAGUCAGCUUUACCAGGCCUACAUUGUGGACCUAAAGGCAGGAGAGCUUCGUUUUGCAGGAAGGUCUAUCCAUUUUCCAGGAGGAUCCCCUCCAACGGCCGACUCCCGCUGCUGGUUUGAUGAAAACGUCAUCUGCACCGGAGGUGUGGAGGUGUCUUACAUAAUAAUAGUAUUGGCUGUGAUCCUCAGUUUGGCUGUAGGAGGGCUCUUCAUAACUAUUUACAUCAGGAGGAGACUUCAACAAAUCCAGCUGAUCAAAGGUCCCAAUCGCAUCCUGCUGACUUUAGAAGAUCUCACUUUUAUUAACCCUCAGUUAAGCAAAAAGAAAAUUACCUUAGAGGAUCUGAGUGAGUCCAGGAGCGCUCUGGAUGAGAAGUCUGCAGACCCGUCCCACUCUGUUAACAGCAUGCAGACGGCAACGCACGAGAAUUCAAACGUCGCUGUGUAUGAGGGUGACUGGGUGUGGCUCAAGAAAUUUGAAGAGGGCCAAUUCAAGGAGAUGAAACAAAGCACAACAAAGAUUUUCACAAAGAUGAAGGACUUGAGAAAUGAGAACGUGAAUCCCUUCCUGGGCUUCUUCCUGGACUGCUUCAUGUUUGCUGUGGUGACAGAGCACUGCUCUCGGGGCAGUCUCCAGGACCUGCUGAAGAACGAAGAUGUAAAAUUAGACUGGAUGUUUAAGUCAUCACUUUUACUUGAUCUUAUCAAGGGUAUGAAAUAUCUCCACCACAGGGAGUUCCCCCACGGCAGACUUAAAUCUCGAAACUGUGUGGUGGACGGGCGCUUUGUUCUGAAGAUUACAGACUAUGGCUUCAAUGAGCUGCUGGAGUCUCAGAAAGCUUCCUUUGAAGAACCGCCACCUGAGGGUAGCCUGUCUUUUGUUUUAGAAAAUAUAGAGAGGUGGGAAGAGUAGAAAAAUAACCUACUUAAGUUGCUAUACAAUGCAAUGUUAAUAUAGUAAAAUUUUACUUCAGUUCAAGAGCAAAUAACUGUGAGAAAAGUUCACUUAAGUGAAAAAUUAACCUAGUGAAAUAAACUCAGAGUAAAUAUUACCAAUUUUACAACAGAAUAAAUAAAAAAUUAAGAGACUAAACAAUAAU